AUGGAACUGACCAUAAAAAAUGCAACCUCGACUGUUUCCACGAUCGAAAACAUGCUGAUUGAAAAAGAUAUUGAUCUGGACGUAUUUGCAGUAGCACGACUCGGAGACUGCCUUCAGCUCUACAGAGAAGGCGUGACCAUGAUGUUGGAUGCCAUUGGAGCCUUCUAUUCUCAGCGGUACAGAGUUGCAAACCUGCUAAUGACUGCAGCCAUGGACGGUGCAUCGACCUGCGAUGAUGGGUUUGGGGGAGGAGGAGAGUCCCCUCUGUCGAAGCAGUACUACGACCUCUUUCAGCUCAGUGACGUUGCCUUAUGCAUCAUCAGAUUGGCUUCUUUGGUGUCGUCAAGCAAUUAG